UCGGUUUUUUUCGCGUUUUAUGAAGAAAUUAGCUUUUGCCCACUUCAAAGUUGCGACCUUUACUUCUUCAGCAUCCCACAAUCAACAACUCAAGUCCCUCCUAUUAAUUUCGGCAAACCCUUUCUACCGCCUCUUAAAUCGCUGCAAGACUCUGUCUCUGUUUCAACAGACUCACGCCCUUUUGAUUGUCAAUGGAGAGUCGGUGGACCCUUUAUUGAACAGCAAGUUAAUCGGUUUGUACGGAUUAUUUGGGCAGGUGAGGACUGCCCGCCAGGUGUUCGACGGAAUUCGUAACCCGGAUAUCGCUUCAUGUAAAGUGAUGAUAAGAUGGUAUUUUAUGAAUAAUUCAUACGAAGUGGUCAUUGCAUUCUAUAAGUUUAUGCAGAGGAGAUUCUUUGUUGUUGAUAACAUUGUGUUCUCGAUUGUGUUGAAGGCGUGUAGUAAGCUGAAGGAUUUUGGUGAAGGGAGAAAGCUGCACUGUUACAUUGUUCAAAUGGGGAAACCGGAUAGCUUUGUGUUGACUGGGCUUGUUGACAUGUAUGCAAAGUGUGGCGAAGUCGACACUUCUCGUAGGGUUUUUGAGAGGAUUUGGGACCGGAAUGUGGUGUGUUGGACAUCAAUGAUUUUGGGCUUUGUGCAGAAUAAUUACUUGAGGGAAGGGUUGCUACUGUUUAACCGAAUGAGGGAUUGCUCGGUGGAAGCAAAUGCUUACACUUUAGGGAUUAUAGUCACAGCGUGUGCAAGAUUAGGGGCUUUGCACCAAGGCAAAUGGGUGCACGGAAAUGUGAUUAAAAAUGGGAUCUUGGUGACUUCCUACCUGUUUACUUCCCUUCUUGAUAUGUAUGUGAAAUGUGGGGCUGUCAAGGAUGCUUGUGUCGUUCUUGAUGAGAUUUGUGUCAUUGAUGUUAUUUCGUGGACAACAAUGAUCACGGGAUAUGCCCAAAACGGGGAUGCUGAUGAAGCCUUGCAUUUGUUCACCGACAAGAAAUGGGGAGGUGUUCGUCCUAAUUCGGUUACCUUAUCGAGUGUGCUCUCAGCUUGUGGGCAGGCAGGCAAUGUCUUGUUGGGUUCAUCGGUUCACAGUUUAGGGGUCAAACUAGGACAGGAUGAUUUAUAUGUCAUGAAUGCUCUAGUUGACAUGUGUGCAAAGUGUCGUAGGAUAAAGGAUGCUGUUGAUCUGUUUGAGUCUAUGGUAGGAAAGGAUGUCGUUUCUUGGAACUCAAUCAUUAGUGGUUAUUCUCACAACGGGUACUUGUAUGAAGCCCUGAGGUUGUACAAUCAAAUGAGAACAGAUUGCUUUAGGCCUGAUCCAGUAACCGUGGUGGCAGUCCUAUCUGCUUCCGCUAGCUUUGGAGACAUCCGAUUUUGCUCUUCCAUACAUGCUUACUCGAUAAAAGAAGGCUUCUUGGCAUUCAACAAAGUAUAUGUUGGCACUGCACUUCUAAAUCUGUACGCCAAAUGUGGCGAUGCAGAGUCUGGUCGCACAGUAUUUGACGAGAUGGUGGAGUGGAACACAGUCAUGUGGAGCGCCAUGAUUGGUGUGAUUGGUGGGUACGGAAAGCAGGGCGCUUUGAGCAAGUGUCUCGAGCUUUUCAACGACAUGGUUAAGGAGAAUGUUGAGCCAACUGAUAUAAUAUUCACGACAGUGAUAUCUGCCUGCAGCCAUACCGGGAUGAUCACAGAGGGCUGGAGUUACUUUGAUCAAAUGUGCCGCGUAUACAACUUUAUCCCCUCUACACAACACUAUGUAUGCAUGGUGGAUUUGUUGGCCCGGUUUGGGAACCUGGGGGAAGCUUGGGAGUUCAUUGAGGGAAUGUCGGUGCAGCCUGAUUGCGGUAUUCUUGGAUCUUUUCUUCACGGAUGCAGUACCCAUGAAAGGUUUGAUCUUGGGGACUUGGCUGUGAGAAAGAUGAUCGAGCUUUAUCCAGACGACGCAGGGCAUUAUAUGCUUAUGGCGAACUUAGAUGCUUCGAGAGGUAGAUGGGAUCAGUCAAUACAAAGCUCUGAUGAAGAGAAGGGGAUUGAGGAAGGAGGUCGGAUUUGCUCGUAUAGACUCUAGUAAAGAUCAGAGGGUGGCGUUGUUCGGUUAAAUUAUACAGUAGGGUUUAUACAAGGGAAAGUGGAUCAGUUUAUGCUCAAGUUGAGGUGAUGUUAAAGAACAUGAAUCAAGUACACAAUUUUGUAUUGGUUUA